AUGGCAAGUGCCAUUGAGACGGCGCUACCGGAUGUGCCGAUAGACUACACGGCGCUCUUAUGCCGGAAGCCCGAGGAUCAUGUGAGUGUGCCAGAUCCCCCGGUGCGCCUAGAAUUCCUACGUCGGAUCCUCCGUGAGAAUGAAGCACGAAAUGCGCACAAGUGCGAAGCAGAAAGCCGCCGGUCACAAGAUUCGAGCACGCGCGACGAGCAUGAUGCGGCGGCUAUCAGCAACGCAAGUGCACAGGUCGACGAAAGCCACGACAAAGAGUUGAUUCCCCCUGACAAUUUUGCCAUGGUCAAUUCAUGGGUGUAUCGGAGCAGUUUUCCCAAGAAGAAACAUUUCCAGUUCCUCAAAACACUAGGACUGCGAAGUGUGUUGACGUUGAUUCUCGAGGACUAUCCUGAGCAAAAUAUCCAGUUUCUUGACGAGAAUGGGAUUCGGUUCUUUCAAUACGGCAUUCCCGGAAACAAAGAACCGUUCGUACAAAUCCCAAGUGAGACCAUCACCGCGGCACUUGCUACUAUUUUGGAUCGACGCAACCACCCCAUGCUGAUCCACUGCAACAAAGGCAAGCACCGCACAGGCUGCCUCAUUGGCUGCCUGCGCAAACUACAGCAAUGGUCGCUCACCACCAUUUUUGAUGAGUAUCGCCGCUUCAGUUUCCCAAAAUCGCGUAGCAUGGAUCAGGAAUUUAUCGAGCUGUACUCGGAGCAGGCUGUGUGGCCGCAGAUCCAGCCGGAAUGGCUGCCUAAAUGGACGGUUCUAGGCCGCCGUGAGAUUUUGUCGCGCGUGAUUUGGGAAAAGAACGAUGCGUCGACAGAAAACAAGAAUGAUGGAGAUGACGAGGUCCGCGGUAUGUAG